AUGGCUAAUAUUGAGGCUGCGCUUGCAGCUAUUAAUGCCCUAGAACCUAAUGAGCCUUUUUCGUAUAUAGAUAUUGCAAAAAAAUAUAGUGUUGUUCGAUCUACGCUUACCCAAAGACACCAAGGCCUACACGCCUCACGCGCGAUAGGUGGCCAAAAACGGCAGCUCCUCCACCCACAGCAGGAGCAGGCCCUAAUCGCCUAUAUCAAUCGACUAACAGAUAGAGGCUUACCACCUACUCAGCCAAUGAUACGCAAUUUUGCCUCACAGAUCGCCAAGACUGAGGUUGGAGUACACUGGGCUAGUCGCUUCGUCCAGCGCUAUCCUAAUCAACUUACCUCAAGGUGGGCAAAAGGCCUUGAUAACUGUCGCCACAAAGCAGAUUCAAGAAGCAAAUACAACCUCUACUUUAGCCUCCUACGCGAUAAAAUUAAUCAAUAUCACGUCAAGGCGCGUCAUAUCUACAAUAUGGAUGAGAAGGGCUUCAUGCUUAGUAUCGUAAGUCGUUCAAGGAGGAUCUUUAGUAAGGCCUCGUACGAG